UUGCUUGGGACUUAGUGCGCCACGUUGAAGCCCAAGGCACACCAGCUGCUUGUGGUGCUGGUUGCACACUUGAACCGCACCACCAGUUCACCCCCUCUCCUCUCCGGGAGCUUAGACACCUGUAGGCUAGCGCAUUGUUCUCAAGGUCAGAGCUUCGCCGAGGAGGCGAGGACGAUGGCAAUCGCCGGGCAGUGCUCCUCCUGCUAUUAUACGUCACCCACCCUGCAGCUCCACCGACGUCACAGCCACCUGCCGCGGCAGCCCCAAGCCGCACGAAGAGCGCGGCGGCCGAGGUUGCAGGUGGCCGCAGCUGCCGACAGCGGGCCCAUCAGGGCGGCCACGGACGCCGAGUUCUUCCAGCCUUCCGACACCAGGCCAAUCAUGCUCUUCGACGGCGUCUGCAACCUCUGCAACGGCGGCGUCCGCUUCGUGCGGGAGCACGACCCCAACAGGAGCAUCAGGUACGUGCCGCUGCAGAGCGAGUCCGGGAGGAAGCUCCUGCAGAGGUCAGGGAGGUCCCCUGACGACAUCUCCAGCGUUGUUCUCGUCGAGAAAGACAGGUCUUUCAUCAAGUCUGAAGCGGUGCUGAGGAUAAUGGAGUACCUCAACCUGCCCUUCCCGCAGCUCGCCGUCUUCCUCAAGUUCGUCCCUCUGUUCCUGAGGGACUUCGCGUACGACAACGUUGCGAACAACAGGAUCGAUACGCAGUCAUCUCCUGCAUUUUUUUCCCCAAAUGACAGUCAGUCAGCAUCCGUGAACGACAUGGUCAGUUCAGCUACGUAUUGUGCUGCAAUGGCGCGCUUAAUUUGUGACGACGAAGUGGAAGGGCGUUCCGAUCCUCUAUAUAUACCGCUUCGGAUGGAGCAGUUGGAGAUGACGGUGUGGUUGGACGACGCCACGGUUAUGCCGUCCGUGUUGGGGCUGUCGGGCGGCGCGGCGAUGGAGACGCCGUCCACGAGCGCCUGGCUGCACCGGAACAGGGUCAUGUGCUUGUCGGCGCUGUUGGUCAGCCGUAUCCUCGUGACCCGUAGGUGGUCGCAGAACGAGAAGGCCAGCAGCUGAUCUCGCACACCAACACAAGCAGCGUCGUCGUCAGCGGCGCCGGUGCCUCACUCACAUAUGGUAUAUGUCUACCUGAUGAACAGCUGGUUCGAGAGUGAGUUGUGAGCUGUAUAUAUGUGUCGAAUACUUACAAUUGGCCGGGCGUUGCAUCUCUGUCAAGGAAAGACGAGAAACAGCAUGUCAGAUCAUUCCCAAGGUUCAGAGAGAGAGAGAGAGGGAGAGGGAGGGAGGGAGAAAACGGUGCAGGCAGCCUGCCUACCUUGUGGUUA